GCAACCACGUUUCCCCGUUGAUAAUGCUAUCUUAUCCAUGUAGGUACCUAUUGACAUCCAAGACCCGAUGACAAUAUAGGUAUCUCUUAUCCGAUGGACAAAGAUUCUCCCUAAAAUUCAAGUGACACUUCCGGAGCCUAUCCGAGUGACCUAUCAACUCCUUGGUGGUCAGCAACUGACUAUUGACGCUAAUCUGAAUGGCUGAAUCAUUACCACCACCACGGCAACCAACGCUUAUCCAGCUCUAGUUCUUGUCAACAUGGUAAGAUUACUUAUAGGUUUUAGUUACAUUUCAUGUUUAAUUUAUAAUUUAUGACCACAUAAAUCCUAGAUAUAGGUAUGUAAGUAUAUGAACUGUUGCUAUAAAUGCACAUAAUAUGAACCAACCUAGACUGAUGACCACACCGAAAGAGAUAGACAGACAGUUAUAUUUUCAGUUUCAUGAAAUGAGGGGAUUAAAGCAAACGCAUAUUACGAUACUGACAACGUUACUGUUCGACUUGUGGCGUUUGAAAAGCAGCUUUAGCGGUUUACAAUAAGAUCCACAAGGGACAAAUUGGGUGCGGGAAUAAUUUGGUGGGAUUGUAUAUGCUUAAAUUUGAUUGUGUCAAGCGGAGUCUGUUGGUAGUGCGAGACAAUCGGCCGGCCGCGUGUAACGUUAAAACCGACGUUAUUUUUUGGCGGGAAAAUUAGUAAAGUUUGGUGAAAAAGUGUGUGCUGGUUGGUGACUGUGGACGUUACAUUGUAAUAGUUAUUAAUAAGACAUUGUGGCCGCGCCAUGAACAAGAAGACGCACAAGAAGAAGAAGCGGCGCGCGCGCAGCGGCGAUGGCGAACGCAACAAGGAAAACAUAGAAGAUCCUGUCUUGAAGGAAGAGGAAGACAAACCUAAAGAGGUUGUGAAGGAAGAUGACAGCAAGAAGCCAUGCUAUGAGAUCAGGACUUCAGAUGUUAUGGGCAGAUACCUAGUAGCCUCCCGCGCCAUCGCCCCCGGCACCCUCAUCAUGCGAGAGCCGGCACUGGCGGUGGGACCCUGCGCCGGCUGCGGGCUGGUCUGCCUCGCGUGCUACCGCGAGCUGGACGAUGGGCCCUAUGUCAAAUGCCCCGGCUGCGCGUGGCCGCUCUGCAGCGCCUCUUGCGGCGGCGUGGGGAACUACACGGGACACUCGACCUACGAGUGUGACACGUUGAAGGGUGUGCCGCCGGACUAUGAGGAUCUGGAGGAACUGAGGGAGUGCUACCAUGCGCUGAUGCCGUUGAGAUGCCUCCUCCUCAAGACCCACGAUCCCCCCAAAUGGGCUGCCAUAUCUCGCAUGGAGUCCCACGACAAGUUACGACGCGAGCGGGGCGACAUCUGGCCGGUGAAUGACAAACUAGUCGUGCAGAGAUUGAAGAAGUGGGGACUGGGGUUUGAUGAGGACGAAGUGCAUACUAUUUGUGGCGUUUUGGAGACGAACGCGUUCGAGGUCGGCUCGAGCGGUGCGAACGCCCGUGCCCUAUACGACCGCGCGUUCUUACUCGCCCACUCGUGCGUGCCGAGCACGUGGCACACGGACGCCGCCGCCGCGCCGGACCGGGCACUCACUGUGAGGGCGGCCACCCGGCAUGAACCAGGGGACUUGAUUACGUUGAGCUAUGCUUAUACGCUGCAGGGCACACUAAAGCGUCGCGAGCACCUCUCCCACAGCAAGUUCUUUUCCUGCACCUGCGCCCGCUGCGCCGACCCCACAGAACUAGGGACUUACGCGAGCGCCUUCACCUGCCCGAAGUGUGGCGGCCGAGUGCUCGCGAACACGCCGCUCGAUGACGAGGGGAGCUGGGCGUGCGUGGACGGGUGUGGGUAUACCAUGCCUAGUGGGCAUGUGCAGCUGUUGUUAAAUAGACUGACCUCCGAGUACUCUGCACUAGGCGCGAGCGACGUGCGCGGGCUGGAGGGCUUCCUGCGCCGCUUCCGCAACGUGCUGCACCACAACCACUACCUUUUCCUGUGCUGCAAGCAUUCCCUCAGUCAACUCUACGGCAAGGUAUCAUCACACAUGAUCCAGUCGAUGCCGGAGCCCGAGCUGCGCCGCAAGGUGGACAUCUGCCGCGAGCUGGCGCUGCUGUUCCACGUCAUCGAGCCCGGCUACUCGCGGCUCAGAGGAGUAACCCUGUACGAGCUGCACGCACCGUUGAUGAUCCUCACGACGCGAGACUUCGAGAAGAAGGCCAUCACCCGGGACAGCCUGCGGACGAGGCUGAAGGAGAUCGUGGGCUACCUGACCGAGUCAGCCCUAAUCCUCGGCUUCGAGCCCCCGCAGUCGCCCGAGGGGCUGAUGGCCGCCGCGGCGCGGGACGCUCUCAAGAAGAUCAAGACGUGGGAGCAAAUCAUCGGCAAGAUCUCGUGAAUGUGGGACGCCGCUCCCGGAUAAACGGCACCACGUAGAUAUACACGCCGAUGUGAUAGGUGGAACAUGCGAGUUUAUCUACGUCGAUAAAGGUGCCGUGCUAUCCGGUCUGUUGAUUGAAUACUGAAAGUUGUAGUCGAAGCUUGGCAGUCGGCAUUUGUUUUGAAUUGGUUUUGGGAUUGCGCUUUUAAAGUUGGAUGAUUGUGAUUUGUGAUUUAAAAUGGAUAAGGGAAUUGCGUGUAAAAUAUAUAAGUAAUGAAAUUAUAUUUUCUUGAAGUUCAUGUAGUGUUGUUCUGAGAGAUUUGAUGUUAAUCUACUUAAUUUUGAAUGUUAAAUUUCAAUUAUUUUCAUGCUUUUUUAGAUUUUUUACUAAACUAAGGUUUAUCUAUCACUAUACUAUAUUAACUUUAUACUGACCUGUCUUUCAAUGAUGAUGUGAUUAUCUCUACUUUUUGUGAUAUAAUAUGUUAAUAAUUUAGUAUAUUUUAUUAGGUAUGUUAUAAUAUAAGAUUUUUUUCUCUUACCUACUUAAUUUUGUUUUAUGAUUAAAAGUGUACUUAAAGAAGUGAAGAAUAAAUAAUAUAAUUAGUACAUAAAAGUGUAGGUACAUUAAUAUCAUAAUUAUUAAAUCAUUUUUAUUUAUCAUAAGCUCUUCUAUUUAAAUUAUGUAAUCAUUCAUUCCUUCCACUAAAAAGACAAAACUAAUAUUGGGUGUCCUUAUUUUCAUAAAAAUAUACUUUUUGAUUGUU